AUGAGGAAAAGAUCCCAGGAAAGCCCCCGCCUCCAAAAAAGCGCCCUCGAACCUAGUCCCAAGAGGCUGUCUCCCUGGAAAAGCAGUCCCAGGAAGGACCAUUCGCCGAGUUCUUUCAGCUUGUCGCCGAGACUCCUCGUCCCGACUCCUCAAGCCAAGCGUCGCUCUUGGUGUCGUUCCAGCCUGAAGGGGAUGAAACGCCGGAAAUCUCUGCCCCCUGUUCACCAGGAUGUCACGGAAUUAAGCAAAUCGAUCAGCCUCGACCUGCCGGAGACAGACCGGCUUUCUAUGCUGCUGUUGUCCAGUUUCCAGUUUUCUGCCCAGAAGCUCGAACACACGUUGAGGCAGACCGAGGGCUUUAGCCCCAAGGCUUUCAAAGCUAACGUGCGCUCGGUUUCAGAAGAGCUGAAGCGCUACGUGCACAAGUUGAAGCGAGACGGAACGCUGAAGAACUGCGUAGAAGACCCCAAUGGGGUCUUGCUGGACUCGGCUUUGGAUGAGUCGGUGGCCCAAGUGAAGGAGUACAUCACCAGGUUCACCGCCGAGUGUCGCGCCUGGGAUCAGCUCCUCCUGCGCUAUCAGGAAAGCGCCGAAGAAAUGUCCAGGCAGCUGGAGGAAGGCAGGCGGAGCGGCGGGCAGGCAGCGCCUCCCGAUUACCUCCAGACGUCGUCUCAGGCCGAGGUGCUC